AUGGAAUCCAUGUUGUGGGGUCUCACGACGGCCGAGCAGGCCAUGGCACUCGAAGACGCUGCCAAAAACCCCUUUCUGCCCGGCAACCUGCACUCUGCCGACUACUUUGCGGACCUCAAGAGGCGCCGCGAGCAAUACCCGAUGUGCAGUCCCGAGAAGCGCCAGGAGUUUCUCGAGCGAUUUCACUCGAGAGAAAAAGUCACCAUCGUUGUCGGGGACGCGGGCUGCGGCAAGACCACGCAGCUCGUACAGUUCAUCCUAUUUGAUGAAUGGAUGCACAGCAAGAUCGUCGGCUGCACCCAGCCUCGCGGAUCUGCUGCAUCCAGUGCGGCAGCUCAGGUUGCCAGCGAAAUGGAGCUUCCCCUUGGCGGCAUCGUUGGAUGCCAGAUCCAUACCGACGAUAGCGACCGCAGCGGCGAGGACACGCGCCUGAAGUUCUUGACCGACAGCUUCUUGCUGCAGGAGCUUAUGCGUGACCCCGGCCUCGAUGAAUAUGGAUGCAUUGUCGUUGAUCAGGCACAUGAGCGAACCCUGGCGACCGAUAUGGUGAUGGCUUUGCUCAAGCAUGCCGCGCGGGCCCGCGAGGACUUGAGGGUUGUUAUCGUCUCAGACGUCAAUGCCAGCCUUGACAAGUUUACCAAGUUCUUCGACACUAGCAACGUCUUCCGUGCUGCCGAGCGGGCUAACGCCAUCCAAAUCCGAUACCUUCAGGAGGAAACGCCCGAGGCCCUGGCCACCGCCUGCAGCCUUAUUCGGAUGAUCGCUAGGUCCAAGCCCAAAGGGAACAUCCUCUUGUUCCUGACCUCGGAUCGGGAGGUCCGGGGAGCCUGUGAGAGGCUCGGCCGGGAUGUACCCACCCUCCAGGCCAUCCCCUUGUGUCAAGCUCCCUCAUCGCUCGAAGCACUACAGGAUUCUGAGGCCCAGAAGUGUUUCAUCACUACCAGCUUGGCUGAAGUCAGUGUGAAGAUCCCUGAGAUCACCUAUGUGAUCGGGAUGUAUACCCUGAUGACGGUCCCGAUCCCGAAGCCUGCAGCCCAGCUGCGAGCCGCCCAAGUGAGUCGGGAGCAGCAGGGUGGCAUCUGCUACCGCCUUUAUAGCAAGCACACCUUCGAUCGGAUCUGCCCCCCCAACAACCAUCUCGCAAUCCAUGCAAGCGAGAUGACAAGGGAGGUCUUGGUGCUGAAAUGCUGUGGGUAUCACAAGAUCUCGGAUUUCAACUUUGUCGACCGCCCUCAUGCAGAGACGAUGCUGCGAGCUUUGGCUGAACUCCGCGCUUUGGGCUACAUUGAUGGCGAUACCAACCUCACUCAAAAUGGUGCCACCGCCGCGUGCAUGCCUGUUCCUAUCCACCCUGCCUGGUACAACGCUUUCCUUGAGGCGAAGGUGCUCGGGUGUAUGAGUGAGAUUGUCACCAUCGCCUGCCUACUUAGUUCGCAGGAAGAUCUCUUCGUGAGGCCUUAUGAGCAGCGAUACAACGUCGAUGUCAAGCGACAGUACUUCAGUCACCCUGAUUCCGACCACCUGGCUCGACUCAACGCCUUCCUUGCCUACCUCCGCCGCCGAGACAUCUUUUCCGACGAAGAAGAGCUGGCCAACUGGUGCCAGAGCCGGGCAAUAAACUUGGAGGUUGCCGAGGAGGCCAGACUCAUGCGAGACGGACUGAUGACAAAGGUUUCGCAGCACAUGCUCGAUGGGGGCCCGGUGCUGACUCUCGACCCCCGCGACCCGGAGUUCAGCGCGAAGGUUCGUCAAUGCUUGGCAGCUGGCUUCUGCCACAAGACUGCGAUUCUCAGCAGCAAGGGCGAUGGCAUCUACAAGACCGUCCACGAGAACUACCCAGUCGCGCUUGAACCAGAUAGCUGCCUCAUCGGCAUGUCGUGGGAGUGGGUAAUCUACCAUCGCAUCCGCUACGCUGGGAUCCAGUAUAUGCACUGCAUCACAGCCAUUGACCCCGAAUGGAUCAUGAAACGUCAACACUUCCAGGACCACAACCUGGCGCGCAAAUACGACCAAGUCACGCUGAGGAACCCCGAUGUCAAGGCCUCCCUUGACCGGGCCAGAGCUAAGGCUAACUUGGAGUCUGCCUAG